GCUGACUGCAACAUGACAGCUGGGUUGGAAGCCAAACUGUGUCUUGCAGUUGGUGCACGAGUCAUGCUACGUCGCAACAUUGACACCAAGGCUGGGCUGGUCAAUGGUGCUAUUGGUACAGUGCUGUCAAUAGCAGCCCAGCAUGUGACUGUGCAGUUUGAUAAUGUACCUGCUCCAUGUAAGAUUGAUAAGCCUAUGCAAUUACCAUCCACAAGUGUCAGGGUCUGUCAUUAGACUGUGCCAUAGUAGACCUGUCUGAGGAGGUAUUCAGUGAUGGAAUGGCGUAUGUGGCUCUAUCCAGGGUUAGCUCACUAGAUGGUCUGUUCCUAACAGCCUUUGAUCCCCAGUCCAUCAGUGUUAGUGUUAGUUCCCUGGGG